ACCUAACUCCACUAAGUGAGAUGAUCACCAUUAUAUUUUUCUCUCAUGAAUUUUUUUGAAAAGAAAUGGGAAAAUGAUGAGGUGACAUGAGCUUCUUUGGCUAGUAUAAAUAAACUAGCACUCACACACAUCCUUGCUACUAAUUUUCACAAAUUCCAAGCGCUCCUCAAGUCAUCUCCCUCUUACUAGUCUUCGCAUUGCAUUGCACCUCUCUCUCUCUCUCUCUCUCUCUCUCUCUCUCCAUUGCUGCUGCCUCUCAUCUGAAACUAAAACUCCCUCUUUGUAGUGAGUGCAUUAAUUGUAGGAGAGGAAGCCAUGAGGCUUCCUGUGCUGGUCUUUGUGUGUUGCACCCUCUGGGCGUGCGUUGUCCGGCCGCAUUGCGCGGAGGCGGCAAAGGCGAGGCACUUCAAAUGGGAGGUGAGCAACAUGUUCUGGUCGCCGGACUGCGAGGAGAAGGUGCUGAUCGGCAUCAACGGGCAGUUCCCGGGCCCGACGAUCCGCGCCAGGGCCGGCGACACCAUCCACGUCGAGCUCAAGAACGCGCUGCACACCGAGGGCGUCGUCAUCCACUGGCACGGCAUCAGACAGAUCGGGACGCCGUGGGCGGAUGGCACGGCGGCGAUCUCCCAAUGCGCCAUCAACCCUGAAGAAACUUUCACCUACCGCUUCGUCGUCGACAAGCCGGGGACGUACUUCUACCACGGGCACUACGGGAUGCAGAGGGCGGCGGGGCUGUACGGGUCGCUAAUCGUGGACGUGGCCAAAGGGGAGGAGGAGCCGUUCAAGUACGACGGCGAGCUCAACCUGCUGCUCAGCGACUGGUACCACGAGAGCAUCCACACCCAGAUGGUCGCCCUCUCCUCCAAGCCAUUCAGAUGGAUUGGCGAGCCGCAGUCUCUGCUGAUCAACGGGAGGGGUCAGUUCAACUGCUCGCUCGCGGCGGCGCACACGACGGGCGCCAAGCAGUGCGCCGCCGUCAACCGGCAGUGCGCACCGGUGGUCCUCCCCGUCCAGCCGAACAAGACCUACAGGCUCAGGGUAGCGAGCACCACCUCCCUCGCGUCUCUCAACCUCGCAAUCGGGAAUCACAAGCUGACGGUGGUGGAGGCCGAUGGCAACUACGUCGACCCCUUCGUCGUCGAAGACAUCGACAUCUACUCCGGCGACAGCUACUCUGUCCUCCUGACGACUGACCAGGACCCGUCGUCGAACUACUGGGUCAGCGUCGGCGUGCGCGGCCGGUUGCCGAAGACGGCGCCCGCUCUUGCUGUGCUGAACUAUCGCCCCACCCGCGCGUCUAAGCUGCCAGCCCUGGCGCCGCCUGCCACCCCGGCGUGGGACGACUACGCACACAGCAAGGCAUUCACGUACCGCAUCCGCGCCCGCGCCGGCACGCCGCCGCCGCCGUCCACGGCCGACCGCCGCAUCGAGCUGCUCAACACGCAGAACAGGAUGGACGGGCACAUCAAAUGGUCCAUCAACAACGUGUCCAUGGUGCUCCCGGCGACGCCGUACCUGGGCUCCCUGAAGCUGCUGGGGCUCAAGUCGACGCUCGCUGCAGCGAGGCCGGCGGAGACGUUUAGCCGGAGCUACGACGUGACCCGCCCGCCGGCGAACCCGAACACGACGGUCGGGGACAACGUGUACGUGCUGCGCCACAACAGCACCGUGGACGUGGUGCUCCAGAACGCGAACGCGCUGGCGCACAACACGAGCGAGGUGCACCCGUGGCACCUCCACGGGCACGACUUCUGGGUGCUGGGCUACGGAGACGGCGCGUACCGCGGGGACGCCGCCGACGCGGCGCGGCUCAACCUCCGUGACCCGCCGCUGCGGAACACGGCGGUGAUCUUCCCCUACGGGUGGACGGUGCUCCGGCUCGUGGCGGACAACCCGGGCGUGUGGGCGUUUCACUGCCACAUCGAGCCGCACCUGCACAUGGGCAUGGGCGUCGUCUUCGCCGAGGCCGUCCACCGCGUGGGCAAGGUGCCCAAGGAGGCCGUGUCCUGCGGCGCCACGGCCACCGCGCUCAUGGCCGGCGACCACCUGUGAUCACCGAGACCCGAGAGUGUUUGGUAUCUGGUCGUUAAUUAGUUUUUUUUUCUUUAUUUUAGUUAUUGGGAACUGAUCGCGUAUUAUUGUACUAGUAUUGCUUAGUGUAGUGAGAUUUGAGAUUUGUUGCAGUAGUGGUUUGAUUGUUAGAAUGAUAAAAAGGCCCAGACGCCCAGUUCAGCCUAA